AUGAGUGCGAAUAGCUCGCAGUUUUCUAUAGCAGAGAAGCGGAACCUUUUGAGUAAAAUUACCGCCUUAUCGCGCGAAUUAAAGGCUCUGACUCCUCGUGCCUCGGCUGCCUCUCCAAGCUCGGCUUUACACACUGAAACAGAUGAAAAUGGCGAGGACUUGAGUGGUCUAAAGGCUGAAUUGUGUGCUUUAGAGGCUGAAGCUGGCGGUCGAGGACGUGGUGGUCGAUGGUCUACAGGUCGCGGGUACAGAGGAGGCCGUGGAAGCCGUGGACGUGGGGGAUUCAUCCGAGGCUCCCGGUUGCCGGACGACGACCCUGUGGUAUUGCAACUGGAAGCGGGGAAUUCUAAUUAUGCUGACAUCAAAAAGAUGAUCGGCGGUGAGAAGAUGAAGGCGACGAAGACUUUGCAGCAUUGGCUGUAUGACAAGAAUAAAAUGCCUCCACCAUCAACGGACCAAAUCCACGUGCUGGUGGAACUUCCAACGCGUGCUGGUGCGAUGGUGGUAUAUGAGAGCGGUGAUCUCAAGAAGCGCUUUUUAUUUGCUCACAAUGUGGUGGCUCAAGGAUCACAGCAAGAUUUUGUGCUCAUUCUCGACCAGCCGACAACAUACUACAUCGUGGAUGGCGUUAAACCUGCGUAUUAUGAUGCGAAGACGAUUCUAUUGACGUCGCCGCGCCGCUCCAUCUGGUACGAGUUCAACAAGACGAAUUGCCGAUCCUGCUACAUGCCAGUGUGGUCUUUGAAGGAGAUUCUAAAAUGUCGUGAGCUGAUCUACUCGGAUACACCAGUGGCCGUCGUGCAGGAUUGUUUUCGUCGAUGGGGUGGUAUUGCACGCUAUGUCUUGCGAUUUGCGCAAGUUGGCGACCAGCAGGUGUUGCUUGAAAAAGCGAUGGAUAUUGUUGAUCUCGACGGGUUGGUGAACGCCUGUGGUCAACUGGAUGCGAACGACGCUCAAGUGUCGAAUCGAUUGCUGCAUUAUCGUGUCAACAAAAUUUUUGACAGCGAGUACUUUGUCUUUGCAUCGAAAUACGUUCAGCAAGCGGUGUACAAGCGUCUGUACAAGAAGGAUAAGCGGAAACUGCUCGAGUUCAUUGCUGCCUCGGAUGGAGUUGUUUGGCGUCUGGUCGACGACAACAACGCGUAUGAUGAUGAUGAUGAUAUCGUGGAAGGUGAAUGGGACAGCGAAGACGAGGAUGCUGACGAUGACAUGAAUGCAGAUGAUGACGUUGCGAUGGAAGAAUGUACUGGUGUGGCGUUGGUCGACGAUGGUGCCGCAACUGUCAUUUCCUUAUCGAAAUCCGAGAAAGCUGUCGUUUUCAGUCAUGGCUGUGAAAUUGUCGCUGCUGCUAACACGAGUUACCUACAACCAACGGUGAAGAAUUACCAGUCGGUCGAUGCGAUCAUCAAGCCGGAUUUAUGUUCCAGGUGA